GUGUUGGUGAAAUCCGGCAUCCACUGAUAGAUAGCCACCUCGAGAAGAAAAAUCGUCAAAACAUCAGGAUUUAUGUCUUGAUGAUAGUCUCCAGUCCGUUUUGAGUAAUUCGCGCCAAUAAUGAUUUGUAACUACUGCACAUUCAUUUUAAAGAGACAAUAAUAUAUCGGAAGAACGAAACUUAAUGAACUCACCCAAACAACAAACUUCAGCGCACUGCAUCUUGAAAAAUCCGUCAUUUUCGGACACGCCAAAUUACAUGUCGGCAUUGCGUGCAUUGAAAAUUGAACAAACUAAUUUAAUUUCAAUUUAAUUAAGUGCCGCCCUGUCAUGGUCUUAUCAAUACGAGAGGUUAUUAAAAACUGAGACAUACUGUUAUAAUUAUUACUAGUUAUUUUGUCGCAAGUGGGUUUAUUCGGACCGACUAUAAACAGUAGUUUCUUUACAUAUACCUAUAUGUUAAAUUCAGUGUGAUCUGUCUCAUCUACCUACAGAAAUGUUUGUUUCCAAUCCCAGAUUGGUGGUCGGCCAACCGUUGCAAUACUAUGCCUACGCAUCGCCUAUGAGAACGGAAGAUUCGUUCCCUUACUUUCAACGUUUCGAGCCAUUUAGACAGCCCAUGGAGAGCAACGAAGACUACUUGCUCCCUUGUUCGCCUAACAGUACUCAGAGCGAUAGUGAAAAUUCGAUCUCGAGCAUUGAAGUUUCGCCGAAACCGAUUCAAAAGCCGGCACUGAAAAAGGAAGAAAAUACCAGAACACAAUGCUGCUGGAAAUCUUGCGGGCUAGCAUUUUCGUCGCUAGAACAACUCGCCGCGCAUGUAUCGAAAACCCACGCGUUCAGCGGUGCAGGGGGACUUUUCUAUUGCGGAUGGGAAGGAUGUAACAGGAACAACAAAGGAUUUAACGCGAGAUAUAAAAUGCUGGUCCACGUCAGGACGCAUACCAACGAAAAGCCUCACAAAUGCACCCAAUGCGACAAGUCGUUCUCCCGCGCCGAAAAUUUAAAAAUCCACUCGAGGUCGCAUAGCGGCGAAAAGCCAUACAUUUGCCCGGUGCCCGGCUGUAACAAGGCAUAUUCCAACUCGAGCGACCGUUUCAAGCACACGAGAACCCACUCCGUCGAGAAACCGUAUCAGUGCAAAGUGGCCGGUUGCCCUAAACGAUACACCGACCCGAGCAGCCUGAGGAAGCACGUCAAAACGUAUAAACAUUUUUUUAACGAGAACAGUCCUUCGUUGGAUUCGAACCUCCAGAAAACAGACGACGCGGACGUCGAAAAUCAAGCGCAAACAGUCAGUUACGAAGAAGAACCUUCGCCGGCCAGAGUGUCCGUCAUCAAGCCCACCAGUGAAGUUGCGAAAUGCCACGAGGAUAACUCCAACGAGAUAUUCAGGAUAGGAGCGUUGAUCGAUAUUAAGAACGACGGUUACAGAUUCUCGGAAUCGUAUACGCAUAAGCUUUACAGGCCGUUCGAAAUGGAACCGAAUCGUAUGGAAGUCGAUUUGGACGUGCCGCUUGACUUAAGCAUGAGGAAGACCAUAUAACCGCAAGAGGGCAUUUUUUAUAGACUGUUCGUUUCCAGUAUUACCGCGUGGCCAUUGUGUUGUUUUUCUAAGCUAAUUGGGCUUAAAGCAAUAUUGAAAUGUGAUAUAUAAAAAUAAGAGUUUAUCCUUGUAUUAUAAUAAUAAAAUAGAC